UCGAAGUGCAUCAUGCUCUGAUGAUGGCAUCUCAUGUCCCCCAUCUGCUGCGGGUCACUUGACAAGAUCAGGUGAUGACGAGGGUGCCCAGAAGGGGUCGCGACCCACAGGGAGAUCCUAUGGUGGCCAGGAGGAAGUGACAGAAGCAAAGACAACAAACAGGAAGAAUGAAGAGAGCGAAGAGAGAAAUCAAGGACUCAGACAGGGAUGGGUCAUGAAAGGACUAUCAGGGAAAUCUAAGGCGUCUGGGUCAGAGGACGCGCCCCCGCUCUGUUACGUCACGGCCCCUCGGGCGGUGUCAAAGGUCGUGACCUGUGACCUUGUGAAUGGCCUGAGCUCGCUGAUGGUGUCCGAUCUGGAGGAGCUGGUCAGCAACGUCCUGGAGCUACAGCUCCCUACUAAGACCUGCUUCCCCAUCACCGUGGCGAUUCCAUUCCGCUCCCGUUACCGUGGCAACUACCGGGACAUCCUGGUGAAGGUGGUGGACCAGGACUCCAGAGUCAGCUACGUCACCCCCGUCUCCACCGAGGGCAGCUACGGAGGGAAGAAGGGUUCCUAUGCGGAGGUGCGGGUGUACACCCUGGGUGUGUUCGCGGUGCUAUCCUGCUUGAGGAAGGAGACCUACACCAUCCCCAGGAGAGGCCUCUCCCUCAAGCUCAGCAUCGACUCCAGGAUCUGUCUGGACUACAUGCCCGGAGCCUUCACAUCCCCCGUCAUCGCCCAGGCUGUGGUGCAGCCAGUGGACCCAGCUCUGUUGUCCACGCUCAAGUCCAACGUGGAGGUGUACCACACUGUGUUGUCCACCAGCCCCCUCCUCUACCUCACCCACCCCAGCACACAGGCCCCCCGCAGGCCCUUGGCCCUCACGCUGCCCUGCCCCCCCAACCCCGAGCGCCAGAGCCAGAGACCCGGGGAGGAGGGAGACACCACCACCACCACCACCACCGCCGUGGCUGUGAGUGCUUCGGUCAAGUCUUCUAGGGAGCUGGCCAAGGAGCAGCUGGUUGUCCUGGGCUGGAGGGAGGAGCAGUGGAACGUUCUGGAUCACGUUCCUGUCAAGAACCUGCAGAACGGCCUGGUGUCCUUUGAACUGGCGGAACACUUUGAAAGGCUGCUGGUGUUCCGUCUGCAGUUCCCUGUGAGGUCCUCCUACCUGGUGGCUGUGGUGGAGGAGAUCGAGGCCUCCGUGCGCCGCGCCAUGGUAACCAUUGUGCUCCGGAGGCAGAGGCAGGACCCCCACAGCGUGGUGGUGGCAGCCCUGCCCAGCAGAGACCUGGACUGGGAGCUGGCCAAACUCCAGGGCCAGGCUUACUGCGGCCCACCCGAGCCCUCCGGAGAAAUCAGCAUGGCAGAGGGAGACCAGCUGCUGCUGAGUUUCAGUGGGAAUAUUACGGGCAUGGCCAAAGGAGAUACCAGGCCAGUUGACCGUGAAUCAGUGUUUCUGAAGACUAUCACCUUCCACAACCAGCGGAAGAACCACGAGUACCUCACGCUAGCGGUGCUGGACCCCUUCGGGAACUACAGCUCUCCGCACUACAAAGGGCUGGCUGUGUUCCAGUGCAUCCCCAGAGGCCAGCUGGUGUGGAAGGGCAACGCGGUUGCUCCUGCGCCACAGCACCCUCUAGGGGAGCCCGUGUGUAAACUCUCCCUCACACUACCCAAGAAACUAAGAAUAGCCAGCCGGCUGUCAAGUGCAAGAUUAUUGCCACACACUCACUCUGACUCCCUGUCUGAUGAGCUGCUGUCGUGGCUGUGUGAUGAGUUGUGUGAGGAGGAGGCUGCUCUUCUCGUCUUAGCCCUGAGGGUGAAGCGCAGCGCGGUGCAACUGGCCAGACUCCGGGCCGGGCCCGAGCCAGAAGCGGUGCAGCUGGCCCGACUCCGAGCCGGGCCCGAGCCAGAGGGUACCACUAUCAACAGAGACAGCCACAGCACCAGCAGCCCCAACAGCCCCAACAACCUGAGCCUGCCCGGCGCCAGCCCCGGCCCCGGGCCCCGACAGGCCUUCCACGCGCUGGCCCUGUGGCGCAGGAGCCUGCCCUCCCACGGCCCCAAGGCCCCGCUGCUGGCACGGUGCCUCACCAGGGCCGGGAGACCAGACCUGGCCAGGGAACUGCUGCUCAGGGAGAGGGGCCGGUAG